AUGCCCUCCAAAUCCUCCAAAUCCUCCAGCUCCAGCUCCAGCUCCGGCUGUGGCUGCCGCUGCUUCUCUCUGAAGACCCUCAGCUUCCUCGCCAUCUUCCUGGCGCUCUUCUCCGCCGUCUACCGCUACCUCGACGCGCGCCUCGAGCAAUUCUACGUCUUUGAACCCGAGCAUCUGCACGAUCUCUCCCAGCGUGCCAUCAGCGCCCACGGCGACGACACUCGCUCCAUCGUCAACUUCAUUGUUGCCGAGCUCGAGCAGAAGGUCGGCCCCAACUACAUCAACACCGAUGAGGAGUGGGUGUUCAACAACGCCGGCGGUGCUAUGGGCGCCAUGUACGUGAUCCACGCCAGUAUUACUGAGUACCUGAUUAUCUUCGGUGAGUAUCCCAUCCGCAUUGAGCUUCCUCUCCACCGUUUCCCCUUUCUAACCUCUCUUCCUUUCCUAGGUACCGCCAUCGGCACCGAGGGCCACACCGGCCGCCACACCGCCGACGACUACUUCAACAUCCUCCAGGGCACUCAGCUAGCCUACGUCCCCGGCGAGUUCAAGCCCGAGGUCUACCCGGCCGGUAGCGUGCACCACCUAGUCCGCGGCGAGGUCAAGCAGUACAAGAUGGACGCUUCUUGCUUCGCGCUCGAGUACGCCCGUGGCUGGAUCCCUCCCAUGCUGUUCUUCGGCUAUGCCGAUACCUUCUCCAGUACCCUGGACUUCCCUACCUUGUGGGCUACCUCGCGCAUCACUGCCCGCGAGAUGAUCGGCAACUUGAUGCAGUUCAAGCUGUAA